AUGAUCAUCGGCCAUCUUGUCUCCGCCAGGCUGAGCCUCAUCCAGCCGAGCCUCCUGCUCAUCGAGCUCUUUCCCGUCAUCCUCCAACCGUUUGUAAACCUCCUGAGACCAGUUGUAGUCAUCCGUAGCCGCAGUGUAGAUAUCGGGAUAUGGAUCGUUGACAUUCCGGGGCGGAAUAGCCUGAGGGGGCCGUGGCUGGGAAAGAGACGUAUCACUAGUCUGAGGAUCCAGAUUGAUCGCAUGAUGAAGAUGUCUGUCUUUGAAUUCGAGGUCCACAUCGAAUCCGCUGCCGUAACCGAGCCCAGGGUGAUCACUUUCCCGUAUGACCCUCUUCUUCCAUACACGACGACUCUGUCCAAGGAGAUGACGCACGACAUUCCGGCGACGUUCUUGAUGAAAGGUUUCAAGAUUUUUUGA